CUUUGACAUCUUCCACCCAUCUUGCAUCUUCUAGGGCUGAGAUAGUUGGAAGAUCGUCUUUUCACUUCAUACCGUUCCUCAGUCUACUGUCGCGCCACAGUUGAUGACUGCCUCUACUCGUAAUCCCUUCAGCCCAAUUCUUCCUGCGCCCCAGCACCCUCCAUGAGCAAGGUACCAGACGCCUGGGAGGACGAUUGGUCCAAUGCAGUAGAUGAACAACCGACUCCUCCCAACGACCCUACCGAAACGAAGAAGGCCUCGUCGAAAGUGAGCAAAGCCCAGCGCCGGGCGCAGCAGGCCGAGUUCAACAGACAAAUCUGGACUGAAGCAGAAGGACCUCGAGAAACCAAUUACUUCCUGGAGUCUCGCAAUGUCGUACCCCUCCGUUCCGAGUUCAAACCUCCACCGAUCUUGUUGUCAAGGAAAGGUCCUAUAAUUCACUCGCCCAAACCACACAUUGGAGCACUUGCAGAUCUGAACUUGAACGACAGGAAUGCCGAAUCCUCCGAAGACGAGGAUGAGGUCAAAGAGCGUGAGUUGUCGCUUGCCGAACGCCAGGCUCAGGCCGCCAAGGACAGAGAAGAGAAGCAGCGCAAAUAUGAAGAACGGAGGCUGGAAUUGUUUGGCCCAAACAGCAGUAGCUCCAAUACCCAGCACGUCAGCAAGUCUGGUAAUUCCAGUCCCUCGAGCCUAACUCCGCCGGGUUCAAGGUCAGCGACGCCAAACCGAGGACGGGGGAAAGGCGGACGACGUGGUGGUGCGGUUGCAAACACGAGAAAUCAAUCAAGAACAUCGCAGCAACGCGAACUGUACGAUUCUUCGUACCUGCCAAAGCCGGAUUCGGGGUACACUCAGCGGCGUGAGAAUGGAAUACCUAGCUGUCGAACUCCAGAGAUUCAACCCAUUCGAGCGCCUCGAGGGCCGGAUGGAACUGGUAGAGGUGGCUUUGGCUUCGCUCAUCCUCGAAGCACGCGUGAAAACAGCGACCUUGCACUGGAUGCUACGGUUGACACGACGAAUAUUUGAGGUUGCGUCCUCUCACUCAUAUGGAACCGAUCCGUCGCCGGUCAAGUUGGGGCGGACGAUGACGACGUGCAUUGUUACCAGCAGUUCUUACAACUGAAGCCAUCCUCGAGAUCAUUCACCAUGCAUAGCACGUUUCACAAUACUUCCCCAAAAGGUCAGAAUUCGAGAGCAUGUCCGAAUGAUUCCAUUAUUCUAGGACGACCGUCCCGGGCACAAAGUCAAAGGUUCCCGGAGCUUCUCUAUGGGCUUGGAUCCGACUGUUUCGCGGAAGAGACGUCGAAAGAACACCCUUCCUCGGGAUCGAGAUAUUCGACACCAUGCCGUGACAGUCCGGGGAGCACAUAAUCGCCGCAAGGAGCGCUGUUGAGCUUGAAUGCUUAUGCUCGCAGAAGCAAAGACUGCACGCUUGCCAGAAGGCAGACGGCGAUUCCGUAGUACGCAUCAAGAGACCGUCUACGGAGUAUCCGAAUCUGAGCUGGCAACUUCCACCUCAGCUGACCACGGCAGCUUUCGGGGUCAGCCGACCCUUACGAUGUCAUGAAGAAUUCUAGAAGGAUCGUGGUUUGGAACUCCCCCGCAAGCGCCUGCCGCCAUGAGAGCUUGGGGCUGGCUGGAUUCAUCGAAAAGUACGGAUACAAGCUUUUGCGAUGGAAGAAUAGCGUACAUAACGUACGAGCCGAAAGACAUGGACUGUCUGCUUCUUUUCGAGAAUGGUUGCCAUCGGUUGCCACUAAAUCGAAAUCCCGAACCCACUAGGAGCAGAAGCAAAAGUGGUCGAUUUGCGAGACGAGAUUAUCGUCGAGAACACAAAGAAACUUCAGAAGGGCGUGGGGAGGGAGCCAAAUCACACGUAACAUGCACACACAAUACAUAUCUGUGCAGUAUGGUCCCUCCCUCCACUCACCGUACAGUGGGGAUGAAACGCACAUGAGAGGCUAACUGCUUGAUUCAGUCCCGUUUUACCACAGACAAACGGGCAGAUAAUAUCACCGGGAGGAAUACACUGCCUGCUACCGAGAUGGGAAGGCAGCAGAUUCCCAUACAUCUACCGUAGGUAGCGAGCAGUCCAAUUCAGCACCCAAUUCACAGGCCCAAAAUCAAGAACAGAGACAAAUCAAACAUAUUCUUCGGCAGGUGCCUGCACAGCUUCAGGCGAGUUAUUCGCGUUCAUGCUAGCAAGAUAGUCCUACGAACUUGAUCGUGAUAACAUGUAAUGGGACAGCCCCGUUAGCUCAUCCUACCUUAGGUCGUCGAGGGUGCACUCUGCUUCAGGAACCACACCUUCCUAAGGCACGUCCUAACCCAGGUAUUGGACCUGGCACGUUCCUUCUCUGUUUCGAAAAUGAAGACGUGGACAAAUCAGUCGUCACCAUCACUCAACAUGAUGUUCUUACGCCACCUCCUCAACGUUCAUACUGCGCUGCGCCUGCACGGCAUCUUCUUCACGCAAUCGGCCCCAGACAUCACCACCGAGACCAAACCCCUCCUGCGCAACGACACGCUUCGCAUACGCGACCUCGGCUAUCGUCUUUCUCGGUCCAUGCCCGUCCUUGGCACAUAAUGAAUCCCACCCAUCCUCGCCAACGCCGCGGUAUACACCAUGAUACGAGUUCUCAUCCGAGAUUGUCCGUUUAAUGCGCUCGUCAGCUUCGAUCGCGUCGACCCAUUGACGCCAGCGCGUUCCGACUUCAGGGCGGGGAAAGUUGCGGUAAUAGCCCAAGACCCGGGACAGGCGUAUGAUCCACGGCGCGAACAUGACAUCCACGAAGCCAAUCUCGUUGCCGAGGAAGAAUGGACCAGUCGCAUGUGACGCGUUGACCAGCGAGGUAAUGUUCCUCUGCAAUGUGGAGAUGAGCAUCUCGUGCUGUGCGGCGCUCGCAGCCUGGGCUUGGGAUUGGCCAUCCAUGUCCAUAUCUCCGUUCAGAUCGGAUCGAGGCUGAUGAUGUUGUGGUGGGGGGGUUAGCAGUAGACUGUAGAAACUCGGCAGGAUCUUGCGGUUGAUGUGGUCUGUCCAGAGUCGGCAGUGAGCCCGGAGUUGCGGAUUGCCCGGCGGCAGCAGGCUCUGUCCCAUGGCCAAAUCUUCGAGAUACUCCAGCACCACGUUGCUUUCCCAAAUCGCCCAGUUGCCAUGACGUAGGCACGGGAUAUGGCCUUCGGGAUUGACUUCGAGCAAUUCUGGUGGACGAUAGGAGUCGAUAUGUGCAGGUAGAACCUCGACCAUCUGGUAGGGCACGCCUCGGAUCUCAAGGGCGAUCCAUAUGCGUUGCGCGAAGGGACAGAAACUGUUGGCAUAAAAGAUGAUUGACGAAGGAGUAGGUCUGGAGUGGUCACGCGCUGUGAAGAAAGCCAUACCACUAGCGCGGAAAGUGGGAGACGUAGAGUCGCCGCUCGUCGAUGUUGGAACUGUUGCUGUUGGUGUGGG